CUAAGAAAGGUACUAAAAAAGUACCCUGUUUAUAAGUACCCAUCUAUCUUCUUUCUAUAAUAAAGGUAUAUAAAGCCCUACAAUUCACUUAGCAAACUACAACGUCAACAGAAUAAGCAACAAUUACAAUCUACACUUUAUCUCAAAAUAAUGUCACAGGAAAAACAAUGGACUGAAGUUUUUCACGCAAUAGACAAAGACAAAAAUGGGUUUCUUACUCGUGAAGAAAUUGCACAGUGCUUAAAAGAAGUUGGUGUUUGUCCGAAUGUCGCAGACAAAAUAAUCAAGGAAACUGAUAUGAAUAGUGAUGGAAAAAUUUCUUUAGAGGAGUAUUUAAACGCGCUAAGAAAACUUCCUCCUCGUGAAAAGUGUGUUGCAAGAUGGAAUGAAGUAUUUCAGUCCAUAGACAAGGAUGGUUCGAGAAAAGUUUCUAUCAAAGAAUUGGACGAAUUUCUCAAAUCCUCUGGUAUGGAUAUAGACCAAAAAAGUUUACAUAAUUGGAUGACACAAAAUGACAAAAACAAGGAUGGUGAACUAGACUAUGAUGAGUUCUUAGCCUACAGAACUAUUGACCCACAGGAAAGUACAACCAGAAGUUUUCCCACAAAGUCGAAAGAAGACGGGUUUCGACCUUACUUGUAAUUAAAAAUUGGAAAAAGUGAGGUAAGAUAUUUCACACAAUGUUUUACUCCAAACUAGGAGAAACAAACAUAGCUUCAUUCUCUAUGUAAAAUAUAUCGGAUCAUGUUAACACACUGAAGUACUAUAUCUAGAGCUCACUAUUUCGAAUCAAUAAUCCUAACUUAGGAGUAAGCCGAUAUACAACCAAUUGAAGAGUAACGAAUAAGGCGAAAUAUGCGUUCGAGAUUCCACCAUAUGCCACCAUCCACCUUUGCUUAUGUACGCUUGUGAUAUAAUGGCAGUAUCGAGAUCAACCGAACCGGAUGCAAAUGUUAAUUGCAGUCCUAAACAUCAAUGGAAAAUUCCAAAUAAACAGUAAAAAUUAAUUAGAGCAGUAUCCUGUUACAAAGCAUCAAACACUAAAAUAACUAAAAUUUGGGGUUAAGUUCUAAAAAAUCACUGGCUAAAAGGAUAUGUCUAAGUAACAUAAGACAUUCGUAUUUUGCCUAUUUAUUGGAGUCAUAUAUUCAAUAAAUGGUACAGAUUUUCGUAUGAAACAUUAGAAGAUUAAUAAAAAAAAUCCUCGCUAAGCAUUGAAGAAAUACUGUAUAGUUUCACAGUCUGUAAUAGGCUCACUUAACCGACCAGAGAUACUAUUACAUGAGAUUUUGGUCUGGUAGAAAAUACCAGUAGUAAAAGAUGCUUUAACACAAACGCGGCAGGAUAAGACCAUUUUCAACAUAGAAUUAGUUAAAUAUGAAUGAUGUUUGAGGUGUAUGUCUUUCCCCACUGAUAAAUCACAUCUUAGAUUAUUUCGAUACAUUACAAUCCAUAGUAUUGACCCACUGAUUGACAAUAACAGACUACGAUAGUAUCAUUAUAAGACUACUUGUAGUGGCUGGUCCUAUGUCGAGCCACAUAACUUACUCUGGUUCCGGACAAGCCAAUUCACUCAUUCUCCUUCAAUCAUAUUUUGACCUUGUUAAAUAUUCGUCUAUCAAUCUUGACUGUUGUGGUGUAUGAGCGUAUGUGUGUGAGUUUCUUAUCUUACUUAUCAUAUGUCUGUAGCUUAUUUUAUCUGACUAUAAAUAUUGAUUAACGCUCGGUUAAAUCGAGUUGCACGUUAUUUCGCUCCAUUUUUUUCUCUUCGUUCUGUUCCUCUGAUUGUCUGUCCAUAUCAAUG